GAAAGUAACCGACGAGGUUUAGUGAAAAAUGUCAAUUGAAUUAAUCGCGGAUAAAGUAAACAAAGCAGGUCAAGAUCACUUGCUUACUUUCUACAACACCCUUAGUCCAACUGAACAACAAGAACUCGUUCACCAGAUCGAUAACUUAGAUUUCGAACGCGUUGACAAAAUACUUAAACUCGCAUUGGAAGUUGAAAAGCAACCACCUGCAGAUAACAGCUUCACUCCACCACCAACAGAAAGCGUGAAAUCAGUCGCGUCCGCGGAGCAACAUUCCUGGUAUGAACGUGGUCUCGACGCAAUCGCAAACAACAAGUUAGCAGUCAUCCUUAUGGCUGGUGGCCAAGGCACACGUCUUGGUUCCAGCAACCCAAAGGGUAUGUACGACGUUGGUUUGCUGUCACAUAAGACACUCUUCGAAUUACAAGCACAACGUAUUGCUAAAGUUGAGGAAUUGGCCGCUCAAAAGUCAGGCAAGGAUGCUGAUCAAGUUAACAUUCUCUGGUUUGUCAUGACUUCAGGCCCAACACGCGCAACAACUGAAGCAUUUUUCAAAGAAAACAAGUAUUUCGGAUUGAAGGAGAAAAACGUUAUCUUCUUUGAACAAGGCGUUUUACCUUGUUUUACCGAAGAUGGUAAGGUUAUUCUCGGUAACAAAGGCAACGUAGCAGUUGCUCCAGACGGAAACGGUGGUGUAUACACUGCUUUGCACAAUAAGAAGUCAAUCUCACCAACAUCAACCAAGUCUCCAAUUGACAUCCUCACUGAGAAUGGUUAUGAAUAUAUCCACGCAUACUGUGUUGACAACUCAUUAUGUAAAGUUGCUGACCCAACCUUUGUCGGUUACUCUAUCGCAUCUGGCGUUGACUGUGGUGCCAAGGUUGUCCAAAAACGUGAUGCACACGAAUCUGUUGGUGUAAUCGCAUUAAGAGAUUCAAAGUUCUCAGUCGUUGAAUAUUCCGAAAUUCCAAAGAACUUAGCUGAGUUGGUUGAUGACGGUACUGGAAAGUUAGCUUUCAACGCUGCUAACAUCGCCAACCACUUCUACACUACGAAGUUUUUACGUGAUGAAAUACCAAAAUUCGAACAUAAGAUCGCUUACCACAUCGCUAGAAAGAAAAUUCCAACAGUCGAUCUCAAGACUGGUAGCGAUGUUAAGCCAGAAACUCCAAAUGGUGUUAAGAUGGAACUCUUCAUCUUCGAUGUCUUCCCAUUCACGAACCUCGCAAUUCUCGAGGUUGAACGUAAGGAUGAGUUCAGUCCCCUUAAGAAUGCACCUGGUUCAAAGUCAGACACACCAGAGACCUCAAGGAGCGAUGUUCUUAGUCUUUCAAAGCGUUACUUGAAGGAGAACGGUGCUAACAUUUCUGAUGAAAUUGAAAUUGAACUCUCUCCACUUGUAACAUACGCAGGUGAGGGCUUGUCAUUUGUCAGUGGCAAGGAAGUCGUUAAAGGCGGCUAUGUCUCAUCAGUCGAUCAACUCAAAUCACUUCUCAACUAAAGUUAAUUUGAGCAAUAGAAUUUGCAUAUUUAAUAUUUAAUAAAUUAUCUUUACUACUACAUUCUUUACUUUGUC